AUGACCGAGCACGAAGACGAUCUCGUCGCCUCCCAGACCGAGGGCUUCAAGGUCGGAGAGAAGAAGACGAUCCAGGAAUAUGCAGAGCUUGACAAGAACGACGAGUCCCUCAACCGCUGGAAGGCCUCCCUUGGUCUGAACACCGGAACCCCCAUCGGAGACCCCAACGACCCCCGCAAGUGUAUCAUCAAGUCCCUCGCCCUCGAGGUCCAGGGCCGCCCCGACGUGGUCAUUGAGCUCUCCGCCCCCGGUGCCCUGGAGGCGCUCAAGGACAAGCCCUUCACCAUCAAGGAGGGAGCCACGUUCCGCAUCAAGGUCGUCUUCCAGGUGCACCACGAGGUCCUGAGCGGUCUCAAGUAUCUGCAGGUGGUCAAGCGUAAGGGUAUUCGUGUGAGCAAGGACGAGGAGAUGCUGGGAAGCUAUGCCCCCAACACCACCGAUAAGCAGGUAUACGAGAAGAAGUUCCACCCCGAGGAAGCCCCCUCGGGAAUGAUGGCCCGCGGCCAUUACAAUGCUGUCUCCAAGUUCGUAGACGAUGACAACACCACGCAUCUGCAAUUCGAGUGGUCCUUCGAUAUCGCCAAGGACUGGUGA